AUGACAGCCUACGGAAGUACUCCUGAAAGUCUCCAAGAAUGCCAGAAUCGGCCACAAAAGGCAUUCCUUGACAUUUACAAUGUGAAACUGCCCUUCUUUCAGACUUACAACUUCAUCGUCGGAGUGAGCUAUUAUCAUGAUAAGGAGAAACUGCAAUUAAAACAGGGUCUACUAAUGAAGCAGAUUCUUGCUAUACUCAAGAAACGAUGGAAGGAUUGGGAUAAAAAUCUCGAAAUUCCAAAUCCGAAAUUUAUUGCUUACUCAACGCAAGACUGGAUGGUGAUGGCCUUCCUAGAUGCCCUUGGAUGUGGUAAACCAGCUCUCAGCGGUACAAUACCGGGUUACAAUUCUUUGGUGGUGAUCGAAUUGGUUGAUCGUGAUGGUGAUCCUUUCAUUUGGGUUUACUUCAAAGACAACAGCAUGGAUUCUCUUAAAGACCUCACAAAAGCUGUACGUGGAUGCAAUAGUUCGCCUUGUCCUCUUGAAAAGUUUUUGAAAUGUUGCAAUGACUACGUGACGGAUGACCCGAAACAAGUCUGUGGCCAACAGUGGUCAUGUGUGUGGAUUCCGGGGCGUACUUACAACUUCAUCGUCGGAGUGAGCUAUUAUCAUGAUAAGGAGAAACUGCAAUUAAAACAGGGUCUACUAAUGAAGCAGAUUCUUGCUAUACUCAAGAAACGAUGGAAGGAUUGGGAUAAAAAUCUCGAAAUUCCAAAUCCGAAAUUUAUUGCUUACUCAACGCAAGACUGGAUGGUGAUGGCCUUCCUAGAUGCCCUUGGAUGUGGUAAACCAGCUCUCAGCGGUACAAUACCGGGUUACAAUUCUUUGGUGGUGAUCGAAUUGGUUGAUCGUGAUGGUGAUCCUUUCAUCUGGGUUUACUUCAAAGACAACAGCAUGGAUUCUCUUAAAGACCUCACAAAAGCUGUACGUGGAUGCAAUAGUUCGCCUUGUCCUCUUGAAAAGUUUUUGAAAUGUUGCAAUGACUACGUGACGGAUGACCCGAAACAAGUCUGUGGCCAACAGUCAUGA